AUGGCCCACGAAAAGAAAGAGAACAUCACCUCGUCCCAGGCCAGCGCUGACGUGGUCGUGGCCAACCUCGACGUCUCCGCGCGACCAGACGUCGACGUGGCCGCCCAAUUCCUGGCCAACCUUGACCCAGCCAUCACCGCCGAGCCCAUUACUCCCACCGAGUCCCGUCGUCUGCUAUGGAAGAUCGACCUGAUCCUGGUGCCGCUCAUCAGCGCAACCAUCAUCCUGGCCGCCGUGGACAAAGUCAUCAUCAGCAAUGCCGCCAUCUACGGCAUGCGCACUGACGCCCAUCUGACGGGCGACGAAUACUCCUGGGUCGGCUCCAUCUUCUACUUCGGCUACCUGGCCUUCGAGUACCCGGCUGGACUGAUCAUCCAACGCCUGCCCGUGGCCAAGGUGCUGGCGGUAUCGGUUCUCCUCUGGGCCAUCAUGUUGUUUUGCACGGCAGCCACCAGCAAUUUCGGCGGUCUGGCCACGGUCCGUUUCCUCAUGGGCAUGUGCGAGGCCUUCAUCUUCCCAGUCAGCAGUAUCUUGACCGUCAUGUGGUGGACGACCAAGGAACAACCGAUCCGAGUUGCAUUUUGGUUUAAUCAGGGUUCCUCAAUCUUUGCCGGAAUCAUCAGCUACGGGAUUGGGCAUACCCACACCGCCCUGCACCCAUGGCGGCUCCUGUUUCUGGUGCUCGGGGCCUUCUCUCUCGUCUGGGCUGUCAUGGUCUAUUUUCUGGUCCCGGACUCGCCCACCACGGCUCGCUGGUUGAAUGAUCGAGAGAAGUACGUCUGCCUCGCCCGCAUCGAAGCCAACAACACCGGUCUGGAGGACAAGAAGAUCAAAUGGUACCAAGUGCGCGAAUGCUUGAUGGACCCCAAGACCUGGCUGCUCGCUCUGUUCUCGGUCGCCCAAAACAUCCCCAACGGCGGACUGGUCACUUUUGCCUCCAUCAUCGUCACUGGUCUGGGCUAUUCACCGCUCAACACCACACUGCUGGGUAUCCCGACCGGAGUGCUCGCCACGGUGUGGCAAUUGUUGCUCUCGUUCCCGGCGUCCAGAAUCAAGAAUUCUCGCUGUAUCAUCAUCGCCGUGGCCAAUCUCGUCCCCAUGAUCUGUGCUAUCUUGAUGUGGAAACUGCCGCGGUCCAACAAGCAUGGUCUCCUCGCGGCUUACUAUGUUUUUUAUACUUACUGGGCGCCCUAUGUCUUGUCGACCUCCCUGCCGAUGGCGAACACCUCUGGCCAUUCAAAGAAGAUCACAAUGAACGCGAUUUACUUCCUUGCUUAUUGCCUGGGAAAUAUCUUGGGGCCCCAAGCCUUCCGGGCGUCUGAUGCUCCAGACUAUUCCCACGGCUAUGCUGGACUGCUGGCUUGCAUUGUGGUGGCUAUUGCUGCUAUUUUGGGGUACGGGUUUUUGUGUUGGUACGAGAACAAGCAGAGAGACCGUGAGGCUGCUGCUGGCGGCUCAAUUGGCGCAGAGCACGUUUCGGAGGAUGCUUUCUCUGACCGGACUGACAAGGAGAAGAGGGAAUUCCGGUACACUUAUUAG